AUGGUGAGAAAACCUAUCGAAAUAUUAGACUUGCCCCCAGAAUUGUUAGAGAAGCUUAUCGAGAAAUGUGAUUUAAUUUCAAGAUGCAAACUUCGUGCAACCUCUUCUACUAUGAAUCAUGCUGUUUCAUCUACAAAACUCUUCAUUCCAUCGGUCUAUAUCAAGGAUCUUCACAGUGUAGGAGUUCUCGUAAAACUUACAUUUAAACUAUUCAAAGAUGUACAUUCUCUCAAGUUUAAAAUGACUCCCGAAUGCGACACAAGAAUCUCCCAAUCUUCGAAAAAUGAUAUUAUAAUUGAAGGAUCUCGACCAAUUGAUGAGGCUAUCGCAUUCCUUAAUCGAAUGUGUUUUCAAAAUAAUGUUGUUAUUGGAUUCCUAACUGUAGAAUUAUCAGAUAAUUUCGAGGAAUUGAAUAAUAAGUUUAUGGAGACAUUAGAUAACAUGGAAAGUUCUCUAAAAGUUCAAUCCAUUUUUUGGAGAAAUCCGCGAAAAUGUGACCUUCUCUGGAAAAUGUUUGAUAAAUGUGAUGGAAGUUUGCUGAAUGGUUUGAAAAUAGACGGACAAGCUCGUGAUGAUGACGAUGAUUUCGAUUUUCUCGGGAAAAAUGCGGCAAUUGUGCAAAAAAUGGACAAAAUCGAGAUCUCUACUAUCACCACAGCAACCUAUGAAGACGUCAUGGCACUAAAAGCGUCAGUGAUCUCUCUCAAAUCCAAGAAGUUUACUGGUGACCUUAUUUGUGACGUCAUCGAGAAGUUCGUGGCUACCAGAUCAACUGGAUCGAAACUUGACAUCAUGAACCCAAGUGGCCUAGAUUUUGAAAAUAUUCCUGCAGGAUUUACACAAGUUGAGCAGGACUCUGGCCACAAUGUAUAUCACAAGCAACUUCCAGAUGAUCAAAGACUUGUAGUUUUAUGGAAAAGUGAGAAUUGGAUUAAUUUAGAAAUUGGAAAAACCGGAAAUUAUGAUUUCUCGCCUAGUUUUAAGAAAAUUCUACUCGGUCUACCCCAUUUCGCUGACGAUUCUUCGGAGUACGAUGACAAUUAUGAUGAUUAUGAUAACGAUGAGGAUAGCAAUUUUGAUCCCGAUUAUGACUACGAACGUUAUGAAGAUAAUCUCGAUGAAUCUGACUAUGAAGAUACAGAUUAUGGGGAAAACGAAGAAUUCUAUUAAUAAUCAAAUUGUAACGUUUCGUUUUUUCUCUCGUUCUCUUAUAAUUUUAUAUAACUAGACGUUCAAUAGAUACAAAUUAGAAUAAAUUUUCAAACAAC